AUGGCCGCGGCGGCAUCCCACCAGCAGCAGCACAGGCACCCGAAGCGCCGCCGCCUCGCGCUCUCCCUCUCCCCCUACCCCACCCCCGCCGCGGCGCCGCCGCUCGACUCGCUGCUCUUCCUGAUCCUGGACCGCGUGGCGGAGGCCGACCCACGGGCGCUCAAGUCCUUCGCUUUGGCCUCCCGCGCCUGCCACGCCGCGGAGUCCCGGCACCGCCGCGUCGUCCGCCCGCUCCGCGCGGACCUCCUCCCCGCCGCGCUGGCGCGGUACCGUUCCGCCACCCGCCUCGACCUCUCCCUCUGCGCGCGCGUCCCCGACGCCGCCAUCGCCUCCGCUGUCUCUGGUUCCUCCCCUUCCUGCUCCGCCUCCGCCCUCUGCGCCGUCGACCUGUCCCGCUCCCGCGGGUUCGGGUUCGGCGCGGCGGGCGUGGCCGCGCUCGCCGCUUCGUGCCCGGGCCUCGCGGACCUCGACCUCUCCAAUGGGGUCGACCUCGGGGACGCCACGGCCGUCGAGGUCGCGCGGGCGAAGGGACUCCGGAGUCCGGAGGCUCUCGCUUGCGCGCUGGAAGCCGCUCACCGACAUGGGGCUCGGGGCGUCGCCGUCGGGUGCGCGGAGCUGAGGGAGCUCUCGCUCAAGUGGUGCCUUGGGGUCUCGGAUCUCGGGGUCCAGCUCCUCGCGCUCAAGUGCAGGAAGCUCGUCAGCCUGGAUCUCUCCUACACCAUGGAUAGCUUUCCUGCCAUCAUCAAGCUACCCAAUCUUCAAGAGUUGACACUGGUGGGGUGUAUUGGAAUCGAUGACGCUGCCCUUGGUAGUCUUGAGAGAGAGUGCAGUAAAUCACUACAGGUUCUUGAUAUGUCUCAGUGUCAGAAUAUCACUGAUGUUGGAGUUUCAUCCAUACUGAAGUCGGUACCCAAUCUAUUGGAACUGGAUCUUUCAUUCUGUUGUCCUUUUACUCCUUCUGUGGAGUUAAACUUGAGCAAGUGCUCUGGAGUGACGGAUACAGAACUCUCUUUUGCCGUGUCAAGACUAAAGAACUUGCUGAAGCUGGACAUUACUUGUUGCCGCAAUAUCACUGAUGUUUCACUAGUGGCCAUAACUAGUUCAUGCACUUCCCUUGUUUCUCUGAGGAUGGAGUCUUGUAGCCAUGUUUCCAGUGGAGCACUCCAACUGAUCGGGAAGCACUGUUCUCACUUGGAAGAGUUGGACCUUACUGACAGUGAUUUGGAUGACGAAGGAUUGAAAGCUCUUGCCAGAUGCAGCAAACUUUUGAGUCUAAAAAUUGGCAUUUGCUUGAAGAUAAGUGAUGAAGGUCUUACCCACAUUGGAAGGUCCUGCCCAAAACUCCGUGACAUUGAUUUGUACAGGUGUGGAGGCCUUGGUGAUGAUGGAAUUAUUCAAAUUGCGCAGGGUUGUCCGAUGAUAGAGUCUAUCAAUCUAUCCUACUGUACAGAAAUAACAGACCGUUCACUGAUUUCACUUUCAAAAUGCGCAAAGCUGAAUACUCUGGAGAUUCGUGGCUGUCCCAUGAUUACAUCGACUGGGCUCUCAGAAAUAGCAAUGGGCUGCAGGCUACUUUCCAAGCUUGAUAUUAAGAAAUGCUUUGAGAUUAAUGAUGUCGGAAUGCUUUACCUUUCCCAGUUCUCUCAUAGCCUUCAUCAGAUAAACUUGUCAUAUUGUUCAGUCACCGACAUCGGACUUCUUUCCCUUUCUAGCAUAUCUGGCUUGCAGAACAUGACUAUCGUCCAUUUAGCGGGUAUAACGCCUAAUGGCUUGACAGCUACUCUUAUGCUUUGUGGUUGUUUGACGAAAGUGAAGCUUCAUGAAGCAUUUAAAUCCAUGAUGCCUCCUCAUAUGAUAAAAAAUGUUGAGGCACGCGGCUCUGUUUUCCAGUGGAUCGAUAAACCAUUUAAGGUUGAGGUGGAACCUUGUGAUGUAUGGAAGCAACAGUCACAAGAUAUGCUUGUACGAUGA